AUGCACCUUCGCAGCGCAGCCCCCGCCCUCAGAGCGGCCGCCAGGCUGCCCCCCAGACACCUCUCCACCACCGCCGCCCGCCUCGCCAUCCCCGACCCUGCGGCAGACAAGACAACCCACUUUGGCUUCCGAGAUGUCCCGGAAUCGCAGAAAGAGUCUCUUGUCGGCUCUGUCUUCAGCUCGGUCGCUUCCAGCUAUGAUAUCAUGAACGACUCGAUGUCCCUCGGUAUCCACCGUCUCUGGAAAGACGAAUUCGUCUCUUCCAUGCUCCCCCCAGACAAGCCAGUAUUCAAGUGUCUCGAUGUCGCUGGAGGUACCGGUGAUAUCGCUCUGAGAUUACUGGACCGAGCCAAGGACAAGUUUGCGUGCAGGGAUAUCGAGGUCGAGAUCGUCGACUUGAAUGAGGGCAUGUUGAACGAGGGCAGGAAGAGAGUCACAAAGACCAUGUACUACAACACCCCUCAGAUCGCCUUCACCCACGGCAACGCCCAACAACUCCCCACCCACAUCGCCGACAACUCUAUCGACCUCUACACCAUCGCUUUCGGUAUCCGAAACUGCACAUCCCUUCCCGCCGUCCUCUCGGAAGCUUACCGCGUGCUCAAGCCCGGAGGCAGAAUUGGUGUGCUCGAGUUUGGCAAAGUGCAGAACCCUCUCUUGCGGGAAGUGUACAGGCAGUACUCUUUCCAAUUCAUUCCCGUGAUGGGCAAAAUCCUUGCCGGAGAUGCGGAGAGCUACCAAUACCUCGUGGAGAGUAUUGAGAGGUUCCCCAGCCAGCCCGAAUUCGCCAAGUUGGUGCAGGAGGCUGGUUUCAAGACCGGGCAAUUGAAGGAGGGCAAGGGUGGUGCGUGGGUUGACUUUACCUUUGGUAUCGCAACCAUGUGGACUGGUGUCAAGGCUUAA